GAGGCCAACGGAGAAGGAGCCCAAGCGGCCUCGACGCCACAGGCCCAGAAUAUGGCCUCCAGGGCCAAGACCAAAGUCGCCCAUCUCCUGCUGCCCUGCGAGUGGGGAACCUGCAAUUUUGUGGGAAACUGCAUGGAGCAGUUUUGUAAUCACGUUUCCAGUCACUCGAAAGAGCACUUAAGUGACCCGCCGGAAAAACGAGAGCACUACCUGUGCCUUUGGAGAAGGUGUGAAUUUUGGGCAGUUGGUUCCAAUGAAUUGAUGAUCCAUGUGAAUUUCCAUAGCUACCAUACCAAACUGAAAUAUCUAGGUGCUCAGAUCAGAGCUUCCCACGAAGACUUUCCAGAAUGUUCACAAAAUACUCAAUGCCAAAAUGUGAUUCCAGAGAUUACAGAAGAAUUUGUUUGCCACUGGGAGCACUGUGAUAUGACCAUCAAUAAUCCAGAAUGGUUCUAUCAGCACGUUAACAUGCAUGCCUUCUGUGCUGAAAAACAAAGUGUUUCUGAAGGCAAAAAAGCCAUUCUCUGUCGUUGGAAAGAUUGUGAAGGCAUAUGUAAGAGUCGGCAUAAACUCCGGGAACACUUAAGGACUCACACUCAGGAAAAAGUAGUGGCUUGUCCCUCUUGUGGAGGGAUGUUUUCCAACAAUACGAAGUUUUUUGAUCAUGCCAAACGACAGAUUUCAGAAGAUCAGCAAGUAUUUGUUUGUCAAUACUGCAACAAGCACUUUGCAAGUGAGAGACUUCUCCGAGACCAUGUUAGAGUACAUGUAAGCCAUGUUAAAUGUCCAUUAUGUGGCCUGACAUGUUCCAACCUUUCAUCACUGAAGACGCACAUCAGAUUCCGGCACUGUAAUGAACGUCCUUUCCCUUGUGACUUUUGCGACAGUAGUUUUAAGAAUACUUAUGAUCUGCGUAAGCAUACUGAGACACAUAAUGAUUCAUCUGCCUACUGCUGUGAAGUGAAUAGGUGUGAUUUUACCUCCCGCACCUUGCAGACUUUUAGACAGCAUUACAGAAGAGUUCAUGAGAGUAAUGGCAUUAUAAAGUACAAAUGCCAUAUCUGCCAGAAAUGUUUUUCAUGGUCCUACUCUUUGACCUUACAUCUUCGCAAGAUACAUCAACUAAGUGGCCAUUCUCGCUUCAGGUACAAAGAAGAUGAUGAUGGAUAUUGGAGGUUGAAUGUAACUAAUUAUCAACUCAACCUGGGCUUAAGUCAGGGUCUUGAAAACCAUAAGUCAGCAAAGAAAGCCUCAGUAGGCCAAAGUAAUACUAGCUCAGUACUGGAGAACUCUGCCCCUUGCCAAGAAAGAAUUUCAUCUACGGGGCUGCAUUCCUCAAACUUUCCGCUUCUUUCAGAAGCCCCAGCAAAAAAAACAGCCCCAGAAGUGGAGACCUCUUUAAAGGAAUCUGUCUAUUGUGAGCUUCAGGAUGUUCCACUGGUUCUUGAAAAUUCUCCAUGUUUCCCUGAGUGUAAUGAAACCAUGACACUUGGGGCAAAGGAAAAAUUAGAGGAGAUGAUUCAGGUCUUUACAUCUGAGAUGGCUCCUUAGAAAGAUUAUUUUAAAAAGCACUCUCCUAUCAAGAGAACUUAGUCUGUUUUAAGAGAAACUCCAUAUCUUGUUGAGGAUAACAUUCCCUAGGAGUGCAGUAACUUGUAAUAAAUUUCAAUCAGUUCUUUCUCAAUGUGUCUUUCCACUAUGCACAUUGGAUAGUAGGUUGUUAGGGAAUUACAAGGCUUUUUGUUCCAACAAGUACAGUGUCAGAAGAGCUGGCAGUGUGCCUGGGCCUGGCGAGGGUCAAGGGAUUAAAGUGCUAUAACCUGAAUUUUCAUUAAUGGGGGCGAGGAGGGGUUAUGUGGAAAUGAUAACUGAGGCAUUCUUAAAGAACCCACUGAACUCCUCUUCUGCAUCAGGGAGUCAGUGCUGAGUGAGAGUCCAGAUUGGGAUGUUAAGGACAGGGAGAGGAAGAAAAAAAGCCCACCUUUCUUCCAUUCUCCAGUUAUCCUCCGUACCUCUAAAUUUCUCACCCAGCAGUUCAGUAACAUAAAUAAGGUUGGAGUGGGUAAGGGGCGGAAGGGUGUGUGCCUAGAUCAUUACACUAAAUCCCCUUGAGAACUCAAUGCGGCCAUUCUCAGUUUGGGGAGGUAGUUUCUCCAGCAUUCAGCUAGGCACACGGCCCAGUGGCAUCAGUGCACUGUGCUGAAUGCCUAAGUUCUUUCCUGGCAGAAUCUGACCCAUUAUGUUAUGCUGCAUGUAGAUUGUUAUCCAGUGAUGUAAAUAUAAGAUCUGGGCCUCCAAACAAGCCAAGGAAAAGGGCCGCUACCAACUGUGGAGGAAGGUGCUGACACAUCUAAUUAUUGCCAUCCCGCAGGUGGCUCUUGGGCUGGGGGCACUGAUACUGAGCCCAGUUGUGAUCAUGCCCAAAGCAGAGGAUGAAAAUGCUAGUGAUGGGGAGGUGGGCUUUUUGGAGGUCCCCUUGCCUUGGGGGACUUUUUGGGUGGACGUUAGAUCCCUGCUGUUGCAACUUUAUUCUUUUAGUUG